AUGGCUAUCGAUGAAAUGGAACCAGCAACCGGCCCAGUGCUGCUAGCGGCGGCCCGCAGCGCUUCGGUUAUGGUAGAUGUUCUCCCGCCUUCUGUUCGUCUUAGCAGGGGGUCACACACAUUGACUAUCGCUGAUGCCGCUGGCGCCAUCGACUGA